GAUCAAAACAUCUCAAUCUACAAACGCCCAGCAAACAGCAUGUGCAGUGUUUCCAACGCGACCUAAAAUCCCCGAGUAGAGGCGUGUGCUGCCCCCGCCCUCCGGUUCUCGCGCACUAGCUGGCAUGUGGGGGAACGGAAGUUUGUGGCUGGUGCAUCAAUGAGGAGAGCCUGUGCCCGCUGCGGAGAGGAGGAAUGGCAUACAGUCAGGGGCCCAGGGCUGAAAAGCGCAGCGCUUGAGGAUUGUAUGAGCCAACGUGAUAACAUUCAGAGACUGAGGGGAUGGAGGCUGCGCGGUCUGCUGGAUUAAAAGGCUGAAUUAUCCUCCCCAUUGUUAAGCAGCGCUAGACAAACUGCAGCGUCAGUCAUCUCUGUACUGAAGCACAUGCAGAUCCAUACGGAAAGUUACCGCCAUGUCUGUUAGCGCUACAGAGGGGGACAUCCCUAGGUUCUUCGUCGGUUGUGAGGAAUCUGACGAAGCUUUGGAACAAGGCAAAGCUGGAAAUGUGGACAAUCUCUUUGAAACCAUUGAAGAUGACGACGACGACGAUGAUGAUGAUGAAGAGUAUGACUCUCCCCCAGAAAGGCAGAUUGUGGUGGGGAUCUGCGCCAUGGCCAAGAAGUCUAAGUCAAAACCCAUGAAAGAAAUCUUGGAACGUCUGUCGUUAUUCAAGUACAUCACCGUGGUCAUCUUUGAGGAAGACGUCAUACUGAAUGAACCUGUAGAGAACUGGCCUUUGUGUGACUGCCUCAUUUCUUUUCACUCCAAAGGAUUUCCACUGGAUACAUCAGUUGCUUAUGCAAAGCUCCGGAAUCCAUUUGUUAUCAAUGACUUGAAUUUGCAAUAUCAGAUACAAGACAGGAGGGAGGUUUAUAGGAUCCUUAAAGAUGAGGGGAUUUUGCUUCCGCGAUAUGCUGUCCUUAAUCGUGAUCCAAACAAGCCAGACGAAUGUAAUUUAAUAGAAGGUGAGGAUCACGUGGAGGUGAACGGGGAGAUAUUCCAGAAACCUUUCGUAGAGAAGCCGGUUAGUGCGGAGGAUCACAACGUCUACAUUUACUACCCAACAUCUGCCGGAGGCGGGAGUCAGAGGCUUUUCCGAAAGAUUGGUAGUCGUAGCAGCGUAUAUUCACCUGAAAGCAGUGUGAGGAAGACUGGUGCAUAUAUCUAUGAGGAGUUUAUGCCCACUGAUGGCACUGAUGUCAAGGUUUAUACUGUGGGGCCAGACUAUGCCCAUGCUGAAGCUCGAAAGUCUCCUGCAUUGGAUGGCAAGGUAGAAAGGGACAGUGAAGGCAAAGAAGUUCGGUAUCCUGUUAUUUUAAACGCCAGAGAGAAACUAAUAGCCUGGAAAGUGUGCCUCGCCUUCAAGCAAACUGUAUGUGGUUUCGAUUUGCUUCGCGCAAAUGGCCAGUCUUAUGUCUGCGAUGUCAACGGAUUCAGCUUUGUGAAGAACUCUAUGAAGUAUUAUGAUGAUUGUGCCAAGAUUCUUGGAAACAUCAUCAUGCGUGAGCUUGCUCCUCAGUUUCAGAUCCCUUGGUCUAUACCACUGGAAGCGGAGGACAUACCUAUAGUGCCCACAACAUCUGGGACAAUGAUGGAGCUCCGAUGUGUUAUUGCAGUGAUUAGACAUGGCGAUCGGACACCAAAACAAAAGAUGAAAAUGGAAGUAAGACAUCAGAGGUUCUUUGAUCUUUUUGAGAAAUGCUACGGGUACAAGACUGGAAAAUUAAAACUGAAGAAACCAAAGCAGUUACAGGAAGUAUUGGACAUUGCAAGACAGCUUCUUGUGGAUCUUGACCAAAACAAUGAUUCUGAAAUAGAAGAAAGCAAAGCAAAGCUUGAGCAGCUAAAGUCGGUGUUGGAAAUGUAUGGACACUUUUCUGGAAUAAAUCGUAAGGUCCAGCUCACCUAUCUGCCACACGGCUGCCCUAAGACUUCUAGUGAAGAGGAAGACUGUCGAAGAGAGGAACCAUCUUUGCUGUUAGUCCUAAAGUGGGGUGGUGAACUGACCCCAGCCGGCCGAAUUCAAGCAGAGGAACUUGGCAGGGCAUUUCGGUGCAUGUAUCCUGGAGGACAAGGAGAUUAUGCUGGAUUUCCUGGCUGUGGCCUUUUGAGGUUACACAGUACUUAUCGACACGAUCUUAAAAUUUAUGCAUCAGAUGAGGGAAGAGUCCAGAUGACAGCUGCAGCAUUUGCUAAAGGUUUAUUGGCACUGGAGGGAGAACUGACCCCAAUACUUGUUCAGAUGGUGAAGAGCGCAAAUAUGAAUGGCUUGUUGGACAGUGACAGUGACUCUUUAAGUAGCUGUCAGCAUCGAGUGAAAGCAAGGCUGCAUGAGAUUCUUCAGCGGGAUCGUGAUUUUAGUACUGAGGACUUUGAGAAGCUCACUCCUACUGGAAGCAUUUCCCAGAUUAAAUCAAUGCAGAUUAUAAAGAAUCCAGUUAAGACUUGUGACAAAGUUUACUCCCUAAUUCAGAGCCUGACAUCACAGAUCCGGCAAAGAAUGGAAGACCCAAAAUACGCAGAUAUUCAGCUUUAUCACAGCGAGACCCUGGAACUGAUGCUGCGCAGAUGGUGCAAAUUGGAAAAGGAUUUCAAGACAAAAAAUGGAAGAUAUGACAUCAGCAAAAUUCCUGAUAUUUAUGAUUGCAUCAAGUAUGAUGUGCAGCAUAACAGCUCACUGAAGCUGGAGAACAUGAUGGAACUGUACAGGCUUUCCAAGGCACUAGCUGAUAUAGUAAUUCCUCAGGAGUAUGGAAUAUCCAAAGCAGAAAAGCUAGAGAUUGCCAAAGGUUAUUGCACACCCCUUGUGCGGAAGAUACGCUCUGAUCUCCAGAGAACUCAGGAUGAUGACACUGUAAAUAAGCUACAUCCGCUAUAUUCCCGAGGAGUGAUGUCUCCAGAACGCCAUGUGCGCACACGUCUGUAUUUUACCAGCGAGAGUCAUGUGCACUCGCUGCUGUCCACUCUUCGCUUUGGUUCUCUCUGUGAUGAGUUGAAGGAUGAACAGUGGAAAAGGGCAAUGGACUACUUGAACUUUGUUAAUGAACUGAACUACAUGACCCAGAUUGUGAUUAUGCUCUAUGAAGACCCAAACAAGGACUUAUCAUCGGAGGAAAGAUUUCAUGUAGAGCUUCAUUUCAGUCCAGGUGCUAAAGGGUGUGAAGAGGACAAAAACUUGCCUUCUGGAUUUGGUUACAGGCCAGCAUCACGAGAGAGUGAAAGUUCAAAGAAGCAGGUUCAUAGCAAUGACAGCGAUGAAGAGUCUGGUGUGUGCAAACGGGAUGAGCCUGACCGAGCCCUGGUGAUGUUCAAACCUAUGGUGUCUGAUCCGAUUCACAUUCACAGAAAGUCCCCAUUACCUCGUUCCAGAAAGAUAGGCUCUGUAGAGGAAGAGAGCCCCCUGAGUGUGUCUAGCCCAGAGUGUAUCGGUACCUGGAUGCAUUACACCAGUGCUGUGGGUUCUGGGCGUCGAAGACGCAGAUCAGGGGAUCAAAUCACUUCUUCCCCCGUGUCCCCUAAAUCAUUGGCUUUCACAUCCAGUAUUUUUGGCUCAUGGCAACAGGUACUAUCAGAUAAUAAUAGCCAUCUAAGAGCAGGCAGACUCCUGGAGCAGAAGCACAGCGGUUUAGACCCUCACUCACAGAAAAAAGAAUCCAGGAAGUAUUCUCAUUCUGGGAAGUGUAAAACCAGAAGCCACUAUGGGAGCGCUCUACUACGAGGGUCUCACUGCGCGGGUCUCUUUAGUACUACUGUGCUCGGGGCCUCUUCAAGUGCACCUAACCUACUGGAUUAUGCUCGUGCUCAUCGUAAAAAGCUGACUACUUCUGGCUGCCUAGAUGACUCCACACGCAGCUCUGCUGUUAAAAGGUUUUCUAUCUCAUUUGCUCGACACCCAACCAAUGGAUUUGAGCUGUACUCCAUGGUGCCUUCCAUAUGCCCUUUAGAGACUCUCCACAACUCCUUAUCUUUAAAGCAGAUGGACGAGUUCCUUGCGGCAAUUGCAGCCCCUUCGAGUGACUGUCUCCCGGAUACUCCAACAGAUUCUCCUUGUACUCCUGGGUUUCACAGUCAUGUCGGCAGGAAAGUCUCUUUGAAUACAUAUACUCCUGCUAAAAUACUUCCGACACCAUUGCUUCUUGGUGCUGAUGGUACCAUAUCAGACCCUGCUGUUACACAUGGCGGUGGACCAUCAAGCACCAUCUCUACAGCUUGUGAUCUGCUCUCGGAAGAUAGCAAAAGGCAAGAAGAGACGACUCAUCUCCAGCAAGAUGUCUGUGUACAAGCAAGACCGAAUCUACAUUCUUGAAGAGUUGUAGUAAUGCGGCAUUAGCGAAUUGUAUCUAUAUCGGAGAUAUUUAAAUAUUUUUUUUACUUCAUAUCAGAUUGUAUAUACUGACAGAGCAUAGAUGAAAUGUACAUUAAAGGGGUAUUCCCACUGGACAUUUAUGGCAUAUCAUUAGGAAAGGUCUUAAAGGCU